AUGGACCAAUGUUCCAUUCGAGUGGGCGCUGGGACAGCAACUUUUAUUAUUUUAAUGGUUACACGAGCAAAUAUUGGCCUACCCAUGAUCCUUGUGGAAGAAAUGGGCCCAACCAAAAGAAAAAUGUUCUUGAUCCACACGGUAACAUUUUUAUUCGAGCCGAGUAGCAAAGACAGACAAUGACAAACCUUUACACACGUAUCUUCUAGAGUUGGUUAACUUAUCUGCACAAAAUCAUUUCAUUACCUUGAAAACGUGUGACGAGAAUCAUCAUCAGGACUUUGAGGGUAUUAAACUGAUAGAACUCUAAAUUCUUCUAUCGUAAUUACUGAGAAAACCCCAUUAGAAGGGAGAAUUUCGGAUCAGAUCUUGGAGGCUGAAGGUUCAAGCGUGUAUCACUCUCGUAAGAUGACAACAGGCAAAGCACCAGUUACACUCAUCAUGAGAGAUCGGGGGAUUAUCUUUCAGAAUGUUUUUUUUCCAAUGGAAUUUUAGGUAAUUCAAAUCACUUCGCGAAACUUUGACUUGAUUAGGUGCUAGUUUCUUCUUUAUUGUUGUACAACAAAAUUUAAGCUCUCAAUGUUUUUAAUCAUGACUACUUUUACCGCUGAUGUUUACAAAACUCGUGCCAACCACUAAACCAGAUAGUGCAAUCAGCUAAACCAAUUUUUAGAAUAAAAUGAGUAAAUAAGAUUCACUUAGGGAAGCCUGGAUCAAUUACCCCAUUAAAUAAUUGUCGCCACGGGGUUUUUUUUCUUUUCAUAUUUCCAUGGAAAGGCCAGGAGUAAAGGGGUUGAGUAAUGAGCAUUAAUCAAUAGUAAAAACAUAUAACGGAGUUUUGAAAAUGGUGUACUGCGUGGAAACUGAGUUUUCCUUUUUAUGCUAACUACCUUUGAAAUGCUAAUAAAAACAACUUUUACUUCAUGUUAAGACCAUAGUGUUUGCUAUUACUCAUUCUGCAUUUAUAAACCUUAAUUGAUAUAUUUCAGGAGCUUUCCAAAACCACUUUGAGUUUUUUUGGUAAUUGAGUACAGCCACCUGACCAAAUAAAUUCUCGUUAGAUUUCUGGAUAUCAAUGUCGCCACACUUUUUUUUUAUAUUUCCAUAGAAAGGCCAGGAGCAUUAAGUAAUAUUAAAAACAUGUAACGGAGUUUCAAAAUUGUGACUGCGUGGAAACUUAGUUUGCCCUUUAGGCUAACUACCUUCGAAAUGCUAAUAAAAACAACUUGCAUUUCAUGUUAAGACCAUAGUGUUUGCUAUGACUUAUUCUGCAUUAAUAAACCGUAAUUGAUAUAUUUCAGAAGCUUUCCAAAACCACUUUGAGUUUUUUUGGCAAUUGAGUACAGCCACCUGAUCAAAUCAAUUCUCGUUAGAUUUCAGGAUAUUAUUACAGGUUUUUUUUUGCCUUUUAUGAUUGUUUUUUAGACACAUUGGGUAAAAAGGCAAAUUAAAGCUGAUAUGUAUUUCAAGGUUUUGAAUAACCCGUUCUGAACUUCUGAACACUCAAUCUUAUUUCCAGAAAGUCAUACACCCAUACUUUCUCCGAUCCCCGAGAGAAUGAUAAGUAAUGACAAAUAAAACAGAGCAUAAAAUCCUUUUAGGUUGUACUCGAAUGCAUUACGUUUAUUUUUGUUUGACAAACAAAACUCGAUAAAAUUACGAGGAGUAAAGAUCUGCUCCCAAUGUGCCUUUUCCCAUCGAUGAUGGCUUUAAUGUUUGUAAGUGACUUCUCCUCAAAGUCAUGUAAUGUAUUAAGCAAUAAUCCAACAGAGUCCUCCUAAUUUGAUUGUUCUUUGGUAUUCUAUCAUAUCAUUUUAAUUUCCUUUCUUGCAGAUCUUUGCGUGGGACGUAUAUGCUCUCAUAUUGGCUUUUUCGGUAACACCAAAGAUAUCUGCAGAAGAAGAUCAGGGCAUGUUCUUUCGCAUAGAAGAAAAUGCUUUUCUUAACAAUGAAAAUGCUCUUCUAAGUGAAAAGGCUGACUCUAUAUUGACCUGUGCUCAAAUGUGUAGGAGAGAAGCUGCUUGUAAAGGAGCAAAUUUCUUGGCAAACAAAGGCACCUGUUCGCUUUUUAACGAAGGACAACAGGCAAGGAAGAUGGAGAGAUUUGUAAAACGGAAUGGUUCUUUCUAUAUUGAAAAGGUAAAUCGAGAACUUUCGAGAUUUUUCCGUUGCCAUUUUGUGUUACCAUUUUUUUUAUUUAGUGCGAUCACAACUGAAUGAAACUUUCUUUGAGAGCCAGAUAUUUAGGCAAUGCUGUGCAGUUGUUGCUUUUCAUUUUAUCGUUUUAUUUCACAUGUUUAUGUUUCAAUGUGGUCUUCAUAAUCCUUUUUCUAAAGCUCGACUGGAAAUUCUAUGUUCUAAUGUUGGAAAUCUACGUAAGAGACUCGAUCGGGCGUUUAAAGUAAUUUGCGCUUAGAGGCCCAUUUCCAACUUUGAUGCAACGCGCGCCGCGCCCUAGUUUCCUGUAACACGAAAUUCUCAGAUCACUGAAAACCUUCUAAAAUCGCCUUUCUCAAGAGCCAUCCUGGACAUAUAGUCAACUGUUUUACGGUAAAUACAUUCGCUGUUCAUUAUUUACAGUUUCUUUACAGUAUUUUUAAUUUUGUCCAGAAGAUGUUUUUAAGUGGCACGCUUGGAUCUCUUCGUACUCUGUGAACAGAGUCGGCGAAAAGGACAACGUUUAAAUUUUUUCACUUUCUGGAAGCGCUAGAGGAUUCUAAAUAAAGAUAAAAUAUUUCCAAAAGAAAUUGGUAUUUUUCAAAGAGAAAUAUGAAAAAAUAUCAGACUGCCGGACCUUUAGUUAUUCGAAAACCGUGUCCGGUAGUGUCCGGUGUAAAUUUUCUUCGUGUCGCGCUUGGAUCUGUGUACAAGGUCAGCGAAACGGAUAACGUUGGCAUUUUUUCACCUUCUAGAAGCGCUUGAGGAUUGUAAAUGACGGUAGAAUAUUUUCCGAAGAAAAAUUGGUAUAUUUCAAAAAGAAAUGUGGAGUUGUUUGAGGACCGAGUCUAGCCGUGUCGAGCGCUUGGAUGGCUUCCUACUCUGUAUAAAGGGGUUAGCGAGGAACAUCAAGUUCGAAAUUUUAGGCUGCCUGGAAGCGCUUGAGGAUUAUAAAUAAAAGUAGAACAUUUUCCUAUAAAUAUUUUUUGGAUUUCGAAGAGAAAUAUGGAAAAAUAUCGUAUUGCAAGACGUUUGAUUAUUUUAAGUUUAGUCACUUCAUUGCAGGAACGUCAGCGACACUGACAGUUUGCGUUACAAUUCUUAUUUGCUCUUUUGCAUGGAAAACAACCUCGACCACUCUUUCGAACGCAAGUUCCUCUCCACGAGCAGGAAACUUCAACUAACCCUUGGUCCUAUUUAACAAGUAUGGCAAACUUCAAUUAAAAAAAAAAUUGAUGAAUGAAUGAAAACGUGGUGGCGUUCAACAUUUUCACCUUCUUCAGAAUGCUCGCAAGGAUUUUCGCGUUCCUCUUUAGCAACAACCGAUCCAUAAGCGUUUACUGCCUCGGAAUCUACCAAAUCAAUGGAUUCAUCUGAUUCCAUACCGAAUUAAAACGUAUAGAACUGUUUUAAACAGAAUUAUUAUGAUAAGUUCUUCAAAUUCAUCGGAGAAAACGCAGAAGGCAUUUUGAGACGUGACAAGGUAAAAAUAACUGACCAAUCAGAGGCGCUAUUUAAACAAAAGCGGUGGUUCAAAACAAAAACAAACGACCGCGUUGUAUCAAGGUUGGAAAUAAGCCUUAAGCAUGAAAAAAGCUGAAACAUGAGAGGGUAUUUGUGGAGUAACGUGAAUGGAUUGAGAUGAGACCUUAUUAAAAAAGUUAAGACGACACGACCCAUAGAAGCUCGUCUUAACAUCAAGAUCAUAAUUCAAAAGCAUAUGAAACGUUCGUUUAGUGGCAGAAGUCACUAACAAGUAAGACCACAGUCGCCCAAAGAGCCUUCAACACUUUCGUUCACAUGCGCAUGACGCGAAGUACGGGUACUAACUGAAUGUCUUGUUUAACUCCAAUUCAGGUCGACCUGACUGGCUCACCCCAAGGUGAAAGUUACGCUUAUGAAAAUUAUUACAUAUAUGUAAUGGAUAAAUAUUGAUGCACCAAGAUAAACUUGAAUUUUCAAGUUCUUCAUUUAUACCACGUUUUGGUGUCAUCCAUCCUCUGCCCUCUCUUCCAUUAUCCUUCCUGGCCUAUUGCUACCAGUUUUAGGUUUUCUGAAUACUUUACCUAAUUUUCGAUCGUCAUUAAAAUAAGAUACAAAGAAAUUAGGACAUGUAUCUAGCCAAGUAGAAUGGUUUCGAAUGUCCUCGUGGUCGUACGUUCACCGAUAAAAUCAUUUAUUUACAAGGUUAAUAGUGAAGAAAUGAUUGAGUUUGAAACCUAAUUAUCUAAGACAGCUCAACGUUAUCAUAAAAAAGAGGGAAAAAACCAAAUUAGAGUGCAUGUCAGGAAACGUUGGCCCAGCGUUAAAGUUAAUAUCGUUUUAAAUUGCUCAGUAACAUAAUACUGGUUCUUUGUUUGAUGAUCGUAACUAAAUUUAGGUCGCCAGCUCCAAUAGAGGACACUUUACUAGACUCGCUUUCAAUGAUGAAAUUAUUUUUCUAAUCUUCAACUUUAUGAUUGUAGACCAAAACACUUCUUCAACCCCUGGUUCUAACCAGCACUCAGCAGUAACCUCGUGCCAGACUCUCCUCAAACAAUCUCCUGCUACGUCCACGGGUGUUUAUUGGAUCGAUCCUGAUGAUGGAUCCCGGGCCAACGCUUUCAAAGCUUACUGUGACAUGGAUACUGAUGGAGGGGGCUGGACCCUUGUAUGGAGCUAUUCCUUCACUAACUACAGUCAUUUUAAAGAUGAUUCAAAUGCGGUCACUCCAAUACCAAAUUGGCUGGUUACGAAUAGGGUGAAUGUUCCUGUCUCCACAACUCCUCCAUUGAAUGAAACAGACUAUAAUGCCAUAAACUUCUCACUUUGGAAACAACUUGGCAGACAGUUCCUCAUCAAGAGCAACAUAAACAACUGGCUGGUGUGUCAGCCGGUAACUGGCAGCCUGGUUGAUUGGCAGAAUGGUGACGUCAACUGUAAAAUCACCAAAUACGUGGCUGAUCGUAGUGAAUCAGCUUCGGCGCCUUCCAAGUUUUUACCAAACGCCAACUAUGGACCAAUGUUCUAUUCGAGUAGGCGCUGGAACAGCACCUUUUACUAUUUUGAUAGUUACACGGCCAAAAAUUGGCCUACCCAUGAUCCUCUGGGAAGAAAUAAGCCCAACCAAAAGAAAAAUGUUCUUGAUCCACAUGGUAACAUUUUUAUUCGAGCCAAGUAG